AUGUGGAAUCGCCGCUACAUCGUCCUCGCCGUAGUCCUCUGCACCGUCGGCAUUGUCUUGCUCCAGCCACGGUCCCAGGGCUUCGAGUACACGAAAGGCCUGCUGAGCCAGUACGGCCGGAAACGGACGUCCCAGUUCCACCUGCUCGUCCCGGCCAGCGGCCCAAAUCUGCAGCUAUGUCGAGCCCUCGUGUCAUCUGCCCUACUAGGCUACCCGCCAGCCGUGCUCUCGGGCUGGAACGGCACCGGUGAGCUUGAUGCUGCCGUCACCCACCUGGCAAAGGUGCGCAAUGUCGUACGCUACUUCGACAGCCUGCCGCCGACCGCCGACGACGACCUCUUCCUCAUUAUCGACGGCUACGACGUCAUCAUGCAGCUGCCCCCCGACGUCCUGAUCCGCCGCUACUUUGCCGUCACCGCGGCCGCCAACGUCAAGCUAGCCGCUCGCUUCGGCGACGAGCCUGCUGCCGACGACGUCAACUAUCCGCACCAGUCCAUCCUCUUCGGUGCCGACAAGCUGUGCUGGCCCGUCGACUUCCGGCGCCCCGCCUGCUAUGCGGUGCCCGAGACCGGCCUGCCAGACGAUGCCUUCGGUCUCGGCGACGACAUCACGAACAGCCAGCCUCGCUGGCUCAACUCGGGCACCAUCAUCGGGCCAGUCUCGACCAUGCGCGCCAUGUUCGCUGCCACCAUUGAGCGCAUCGCCGCUACCUACGACCCCGAGUACAUUUGCCGAGAGUCCGAUCAGAUGUACAUGAGCGACGUUUGGGGGGAACAGGAGUACGCCCGCUCUGUGCGGGAGCUCCGCCUGAACGCCAUAGGCGAUAUCGACGAGCAGGACCUCGUGCCCGUGGGAAUCGACGGCUUCAUACCCGAAGGUGCCGAUCCCGAGAGGUGGGGACCCCUUAUGCUCCCCGGCCAGAAGACGGAGUUCCAGAUCGGCCUCGAUUACGAGUCGUCCUUGUUUCAGGCCUGGGCCGGUUACGAAGACUUCCUAGCCAUGCUUUCUCUAAAUAGCACGGACGAUACCGCCAUCGUCGACCACAACGUCAGCGGGGUCCCCGACUUUGCGCUGCUGGAGGUCCAACUGCCCGAUGACUUGGCCUCCCUCACGCGGCUCGUCAGCAGCAUCUCCGACGUUCACAAUGCUGAACCGAAGGACCUCAUUAGCACCUUUUUCUUUGGCACCAACCUGGUCACGAACCACGUGUACUGCAUGUUCCACUGCACCGGCGAGAAGGGCUAUCUGGAGGAGCUCUGGGUACAGCUGUGGUUCUACCCGUACGCAAAGGCACUCUUGAAGGCGACCGUCAGCUCAGUCAAGGCCGGCAUGAGUAUCUCCGACACUGCCAUCGAUGGCCGCAUAUGGAAAGGCGCAAACACCUACCCGUGUUCACCGGCCGACGAGAUAGACGACAGAAAGGCGGAGGAUAGCGAUACGGGCAAUGACGAGGCUGAUGCCAACGAGGUUGUCUACGGCGCGUGGGCCGACUUGGCCAACGAGUGGCUCAGCUGGGAAGACUUAUGCGCCGAGCACGAGGACGUGCUGUUUGGCAUAGAGAAUUCUGCAUAA